AGGAGGAAAGGGCUCGAAACAGAACAGGUGACGCCUACUUUGAGACACUCACACUCUGUCUGGACCUGAGCAGAGGAGAAACGGGUCACACAGAGGAGAGGAGGGCCAAAAUAUGUUGUUUUUUUUUUACUUUAGUUUACAACGAUUUCCAAUAACGUAGCAGAAAGUGCUUGAGAGAUAAUAAUUUAUUUAGAGCCACAGAUAGACUGACUUCUGCUGCUCUGAGUCUCCUUUUUCAUUUGUCUCAACAGCUCUCUGUUUUGUGUUUUCUCCGGAGGUGAUGUUGGUAUUCGUGGCCCCCCGCCGCCUGAACUCAGAGGAAAUGGUGACCCGCUGCUGCCGCAACUGAAGUUCUGGACAAAUUCCUCUUCCUGUGCUUUUCUUUACAUCAGCAGGCGUUAUGGAUCUGCUGUGGUUCCUGUGCUGGAGAGUCGCCCCACUGAUACUAUUGUCGCCGUGCGGAUUGUGGUGCAUGUUGGUGCACAUCACCAACGAGCAGCCUGUGCAUGUAAUCCCUGGCUCCAGGCUGGACCUCAAAGCCCGGAUCAAGAUGGAUCCCCGGGAAGAGAUCUCCAUGGUAACCUGGGAACGGGAGCCUGAAACUGGAUUUGAUCCGGUGACGCUGGCCACAUGCUCGGGCGGCAGCCUGAAGUGCGCUGGUACGAGGCCAAACGUCUACGCGAACACGGAGAUGCGGGAGGCGACACUUCAGAUUAACGGAUACGGCCGAGCAGACAGCGGCGAGUAUUCUGUGACUGUGACAGAUCGCACGGGAGCCAAUUCCACCGCACGCUGCAUCGUCAGGGAAUACGAGGCCGUCCAUCACGUCUCCGUCAGCGUCAACGUGUCCCACUCCACGCUGGUUUGUGGCGAGGCGUGGGGGACGGACCCCAGGUUCAGCUGGCUCCACGAGACAGCCGUCGUCACUCAGAAGGUGGGGAGGGUCUCCAGGGACGGGACGACGCUGUUCGUGACCAUGAGACCCAUUUGUGGCCACUUUACCUGCGUGGUUAGCAACAAGCUGGGCCACGGUUCAGCUGCCUAUGCUGCAACACCCUGUGAGUCCGAGGGCAGAGGGAUGACGGCGGCUGUUGUUUGUCUUGUCCUGCUGCUGCUGCUGUGUGGAGGAGUGCUGGCGUUCCUUCUGUGGAGGAGACACAAGCACAGUAACAGAAGAGAGAGGCUGGAGGAAAGUCUCUAAGGAAGAAAAAAUGGGCCUUAGCUGCUGAGAGUUCUCAGAGAGGAGAACUGUAAAUGGACUGGACUGGACUGAGAGGGCGGACACUUCCUGUCCUGUGAGCGGAAUGACCUCACGUCGUCUCGCAACAAUAUAAAGAGUGAACUGUUUUCUAACUAAAAAUAUCCAGAAGUGGGUCUGCGGCAGGAGGUGACAGCUGUGUCUGUACACUGCCUCCUGCUGGGCUCUGCCUAAAACCGUUUCUAAAAAAAAAAAAAAUCUCAGUUUUCAAGUUAUGUAAAUGAUGCGUUGUCAAAACUACACUGUUUCCCCUAUAGUGAAACACUUCUAUAUAAUGUUACGACGGCUCAUUAUUUCAGCAGUUUAAAAAAAAGGUUUUAUAUCACUACAGUUGGAAGCUUUUGUCACAUAUUUUGUAUUUUUACUACACUUUUCAAUGUUUAGUCACACCAGUGGUGGGCAGCACUAAUCUAAGAAUUAGUGCCACUAGCCCUAAAACAUUAACUCAAAUAUUUAGGUCCCC